GAAAUGUCAAUACAAAAAAGUAAACGUCAAAGCAUUUUCAAGUGAUUUGCAAUUUCUUGCAGUGAAAGAAUUAAUAAAUAAACCGUAUUGGAAAGAAUACUUAUCCUUUAAAAAAUGGUGUUAGAAAGUACAGUUAUUUGUGUAGAUAACAGUGAUUAUAUGAGAAAUGGUGACUAUUUGCCAACUCGUCUUCAAGCCCAACAAGAUGCUGUAAACCUAGUAUGCCAUUCUAAAACUAGAUCUAAUCCUGAAAAUAAUGUUGCUUUAUUAACCCUCGCCAAAGUAGAAGUACUGGUUACUCUUACUAGCGAUGUGGGACGAAUUUUAUCGAAACUCCAUCAAGUCCAACCUGAUGGUGACAUCAACUUGCAUACAGGUAUCAGAAUUGCUCAUUUAGCACUGAAACAUCGACAAGGCAAAAAUCACAAAAUGAGAAUAGUUGCCUUUGUUGGAAGCCCAAUUGCUACCGAAGAAAAGGAAUUUGUUAAGUUAGCAAAGAAAUUGAAGAAAGAAAAGGUAAAUGUUGACAUAGUGAACUUCGGAGAGGAAGCAACUAAUACAGAAAUCUUGUCAACCUUUAUCAAUACAUUAAAUGGAAGAGAUGGUAGCGGAAGUCACCUAGUAACAAUCCCUCCAGGUCCUCAUUUAUCCGACGCUCUUAUCUCCUCUCCAAUUAUACAAGGGGAAGAUGGAACUGGUGGAGCAGGCCUUGGAACUUCUGGUUUUGAAUUUGGUGUUGAUCCUAAUGAAGACCCAGAGUUAGCAUUAGCUCUCAGGGUUUCUAUGGAAGAACAAAGGCAAAGACAAGAAGAGGAAGCUAGAAAAGCCAGAGAGGCUUCUUCUUCAGACUCUGAAGCUAAGGUUCCAGAGAUCAAAGAAGAAAACAGUGAUGAAGCCAUGUUGGAACGAGCUCUAGCAAUGUCUAUGGAACAAAGUGAACCAGAACCUAAAGUACCAUCAGCUGUAGAUUUUGCCAACAUGACUGAAGAUGAACAGAUUGCUUUCGCUAUGCAAAUGUCAAUGCAGGAUACCCAAGAAUCAUCAACUUCAGCUGUAAAGAAGGAGGAACCCAUGGAAGUGGAGACAGACGAUGAUUACUCUGAAGUUAUGAACGAUCCUGCAUUCUUACAGAGUGUUUUAGAGAAUUUACCUGGUGUAGAUCCCCAAUCCGAAGCAGUUCGUCAAGCGGUCGGCAAUUUGAAGGAUAAUAAGAAAAAGGAUGAGAAAGAUGACAAAUCCAAGAAGUAAUUUUUUAUUUUUAUUCAACAUAUUAUAAUUUAGCUUGCUUCAAGAAGUUAUGUGGAGUUUCAUAUAAAUAAAACAAGAAAUUUGAUA